AUGGCGCAUGAGGCGCAUCACAAGCUGUUCUGUGGCACUGUAACCAUCCAGGGGCUUAAAGCGGAUGAAGCAGCACAUGACGCACAUCACAAGCUGUUCUGUGGCACUGUCACCAUCCAGGGGCGCAAGGCGGACGAAGCAGCACACGACGCACACCACAGGCUGUUCUGCGGCACUGUGACUGUUCAGGGAUGGAGGAACGAGCGCGUUGUGCACACUGUUUCAGAGAGCACUAGGGACACACGCAACGCAUGCUCCACAGGAGCAGGGGCCGCAGAGACCGCAGCAGGCAGAAUAGUGCUCAUCACCCACGCAGACUGCACAGCUGUGCAGCUGGCAAAGUGCGGUGCGGACUGCGGCAGUGUUGGAGAGGGCAAUGGGUGUGAGUCCCACGGGGCUGCUGCUGGCACUUUUCUCACCUCUUUCGCCUUGCCUCUCUGCGCCCUAUCCCCUUCUCAUACCAUGCAGAUGCACAAGAUAGCAGCGGUGUUGGAGAGGCCAAUGGGCAUGCAAGAAAUAGCGGCGGUAUUGGAGAGGGGAAUGGGUGUGAGCCCCACGUGGCUGCUGGGCGGCCAAUGGAAGGUGAGAGUGCUGGAGAGGGCAAUGGGUGUGAACCCCACGUGGCUGCUGGGCGGCCAAUGGAAGGUGAGCAUCAGCGGGUGUGUUGAGGGAGGGGAGGGGUGUUGUCUUGCUGUGCUGGUCUUGAACGAGACGGCACCAGGCUUCAGGAGGAGAGGCGUUGCCACUGAGAUGAUGAAGGCUGUGAGCGUCUCCUUCGCCUAUGCCUGCCAGCUCUCAUCGACUCAGAUCGCAUUCUCGCAGCCAACCGAGUCAGGCAGGGCCUUCGCUGCUGCGCUCUGCCAUCCCAAGCCCUUCCUGGUGUACAAAUAA